UGAACACUCUCGAAAACUCGAUCGUCACGAGUGCUUGAAUAUGUUUGAAUGAACAUGCCUCAAAACUCCUGUCUUGAACUUUCUGCAGGAGUUAGCAUAAGAGGAACUAAUGUCGCCGUUUUCCUGACCCACUUAAAAAACCGCAAGGAAUUUUUUUGUUCUGAGAUAAUCUUGUAUUUCCUUUCGCUGUAACGCCAUCGUCCUUUCCUCACGCGAAGGGCACCUGAUAGGCAAAUUGAUUCGCUCGUUGCUAAUUUAAUAGCCCCCCAUAGCGGACAGAAUUGGAAUCACUUGGACAAGACUUUUGCUGAACAUGUCAUCCAAGCAUGUGAUUGUACACACGAGCAGUUCAGGUUGACAAAGAAAGAGAGCCGUUGUUCGGACGACAACAACCAGUUGUAUGCUUGAAUUAACACACUACUGAUUCAAUAUGGGUUAUUUUGGAACUGCACGGAUGUCUUUGAUCCUCUCAGCUUGUUAACGACGUUUUAUUUGGAUUUGUUACUAGCUAUUUUAUUUCAAUUUACUUCGAACGUCAAAUCGAAGGCGCCGAUAUACGUUGCUCUACAAUGGCUUCAUUGAAAGUAGCCGUUCGUGCUCGUCCGUUAAACAACAGGUGAAUUCGUUUGUUAAGUGUGCUUUUUGCAUCGUUGCUUUCAAAAUUUCUGUAGGUUUGUGGAAAAAUGAAACGUUGUGUAGCUAAUCUCCCUUUUUUUGUUCAUCAUGCAGGGAAUUAGAGCUCGGUUCUAAAUGUAUUAUUCAGAUGGAGGGUCAGAAAACAACAAUUUUCAACACUAAGGUAAGGUUGUUGACGGCGUACGUAUAAAUUAUUACUAAAGCUUAUUUAGGGAAGUACACAUUUGUGUCGAAAGUGAAAUAAGCUGAAGUCAUUAGCGCUAUCCCCAAAAAUUCCGUGUCAUGUGCUGACGUGAUUUUAUAUUUACGUGCAUUUCGUAUAUCCUAUUCGCGAAAUCUGCUUGGUUAAGAUCUUUACUUUCUAUUUUAAGUAGUCUACAUACUGCUGUCGAGCUUGUGUAAACAUUUCUUCUGUCUUCUAAAAUACCCCUAAUCCCGAGAUUUAUUCGACUUUCUUUUAAUUGGAGUGUUUUAUCCGUAUAAAGGCAAACGUGGAUUUGAAGUUCUUUCGGUGUGGUUCAGAAUUUUCCAUGAAUGAGAAUGCUUCCAUAAUACAUACUAAGCUAAAAUAAAGUACCUCUUUCUGGCGUGAUAAUCCCCCAAGUAUCCUGUUUCAAAUUUGUCUAUUUACGAUCUAUUUAGAAGGCGGACGUCAGUACUAUAACGAGAUAAAAAGCAAUUUUAUUCGUAUUUUCAUUUGCAAAAACUUCAAACGUUCCAAAGUUUCUUCUGUCAGUCGACUGCAUAUCUUUGCAACUGUUUCGCUUCGAUUUUCAUUUCCCAUGUCAUUCAUUGACGUGUGAAGUAUUCAAAAGGCCCAGUAAUAGAAAUAAUAAUAGACGAAUAUUAAGGUAGAGUUUGUGAAUUGCUGCAAGAAAAAGCUUGCUUUAUAUUAUCAUUUUCGUCUCUAAUGUUCAUUAUAGUUACACUAGCGUUAUAGUUAUGUUUCUUCCUUGCCCUGCACUCAAAAUAAAUUGCUCUUUUACUCGCUUUGAAAAUCAUUGUUCUGUGGUGCAUUUGAAAAAAAAAAAGAAAACACGUACGUUGUACCACUCACGAGAUUGUCGAAGUUGUUAAUAUAAGCUUAAAUUGCACUGGAUUGUUUGUUUUACGAAAGAUAUUUAAAAAAUAUAUGCCACAACCUGCCACCUUGUUAAUUACUUCAGCUUCUUAAAGGACAAAGUUCGAUUGCUUGCGGUCAACCAUGUGAACUUGUGAAUGUAAUGCUAUAACCAUAACAAAAUUCUAUACGUUGUUGUUCUUGCUAAAAAGUUUACUUGUUAGCAGCGAAGUGCUAAUGUUGUACUUUGUUGUACGUGUUGCUAAUUUUCGUCGACACUGUUGAUUCGGAAAAAGUCACAGCGUGAUCAAUAUUUUACUUGCUGUGACUUGAUGUUACGUAGCUCUGUAUAAUUUUUUGUUUAUAUGUUCAUUCGUUUAUUACAAUUUUGAACUAUUCCGACAGCCACUAUAGUGCAUCUAAUUCCAGUUAAAAAAAUAAAAAAUUCUUUGAUUUUGUGGCGUUUAUAAAAGUUAAGGUUUCUUGGAAGCUUAGCAAUAAAUUAUGUGAAACAAGCUGAGAGGUCUUAACCAAAAAAUGUGUACUAAACAAAUGUACUCAUGAAAAAAUUUAAACAAGUUUACCAUGGAAAUUUUGACAAAAUACCGUUUAUAAGUUAUAAACUAAUUUCAUGAUAUUAUUAUUGUCAUUGAUGCAUUUUAUGAUAAUAUUGUUUUUCGUAUGAUGAAGCAUUAAUUUAUUAAGUCUUCUAGACAGUCCCAACAUCUGAAUGUCAUUUUGAUAGGCAAUUAGCUGGUGCGGUAACUCGAAUCAUGGAUUUUUUUAAGUAAUUCUGCAUUUGCAAAAUGUCUGAAUCCAUGAUCGUAACGGAACUCGCACUGGUGUCAGUCUAAUAUAAUUAUUUGUAUUGAAAGGUCGGUUAAAUAUGUGUGAGAGAAAGCAUCUAUUGUUGGGGAACAUUGUAGAAAUAACUAAAAUGAGGGCCUGUUGUUUGUUUCCACGGCACAUGAUAUUGUGUGUGACAGAUAUCAACUUAGACAUACUUUUGAUGCAAAGAACCUUCCAAAAACACUUAAGGUGCUAUAUUGCACUUGAUUCUGUGAUCAUAAUAUUGAGAAGGAUGCUUUUUUUGUGGUGAGCAGAAACGAACCAUGUUAAUUUCCAGUUUCCUAAAUUAUUUCUUUGUGAUGAGUAUCCCUUUGAUUAUAAACAAAGCAAGUUCCAUCUUAUAAUUAUUAUGUCAAGAAGAAAUUCUUGUUACAAUAAUUGUGUGAAGUGGGUAUUUCUUAUAAUAUGAAGACCCUGUGUGUGCGUGGAAUAAAAUGAUGUAAACUUGACCUAGUGUACAUAAUUAUUAUGAGUCACCAGUUCCACAUUGUAACAUAUUUUCUGACCAUUAUUACCCUAUGAUUAAAGUUCAGCUGAGUGAAAUAAAAUUCAGUCCAAAUUGAAUUGAUCCUUCUGUUGAUCAUGCAUUCUCCACUGCAUGUUCAAAUACAUUUAAUUUUAUAAAUUAAUAAAGUGAAAUUUUGUUAUUAUAUUAAGAUGAAAAAAUCUCAGGGUAACCAGUCCAACAUUCAGUAGUUGAACCUAACUGAACUUGACAGCCACUGGAUUGAUAUUGCUGUUGAGUUCGUCGAUAGACCAUUUUACAGUUGUGGGCGUAGUAUCCUAGCCUUUGAGUGAACGUGAUGCUUAAGUUGAUCUUGUUUUGAUACAAACCUCUUUCUUUUCUUAUCGAAAUUAUGCUUAAAAAUACUAGUUGGCAUAAGAACAACAUGAUUUUUGAAUAAAGCAGGAAGGGUUGUAUCAAAACAAGGUCAACUCCAGCUUCUUUUUCAGCUGUACAGGAAACUCAUCAACACAUAAAUGCCAGUUAAUUGUUCAAUAUUUAGGGUAAAAACCCACAACUAGGAACCUGCAUUUUCCCAAGUUAGCCUAAACAGGUUCUUAGAUAAAUGGUAAUAAGCUCAAAUUUAGGUUCUUAUUUUCUGCUUUUUUUAGCUAACAGUACUUUAUUAGUGUUCUUCAGCUUAUUCCUUAUAAAAAAUAUGCUAGUACAUAUGCAGUUGGAGUGAUAAGGCACCUAUGUCUCCAAAGAGGAACCUGUUUCAAAUUUUAGGCUAAACCGGUUCUUCUAUAGAGGGGGCCUAACUGACAAAUUGUAGCCAAACGGGUUCUUAAAAACCAGGUUCUUAGUCGUGGGUUUUUAUUGUAUUUAACCUAAUGAUUGGUCAAUUGAGCAACCAAACUUCUGAUAAUUUACUAAAUGAUACAAACCACUUUUAAGAACUAUUACUCGUAUACUAGUAUAUCACAAAUGUUGUGAUAUACUAUAUCCUUCGAUGACUUUACAAGAAGCAUUUGAGUUUUGCUGGAGCUCGUUCCCAGCAGAAUACAAAACUUUACCAUAAUCGCCCAGGAGAAACUUAAAAUCGAACCCCCGGCCCAUGACUACCAGGUUUAUGUAAACAUUGAUCUACAUCACCUGAGUAUGGAAUUCUGUUGCUAAGGUGCAGAUCUCCCUCCCUGUGAAAUGCCCUAUAAAAGUGGCAAAGAGUGCUGAGAGACAGCUGUUUUUGCAGGCUAGCACUCCCUAACCUUUGGUUAUUAUGUACUAGUUUAUGCAUUUAUGUAUCUUUUUUUAUCUGCAGCUGUAUGGAGAGGCUGGAAUGGAGGGUGACAAAGGGCGCGAUUAUAAGAAAGAGUUCUUCUUUGAUUACUCAUACUGGUCAGCAGAUCCAAAAGAUGGACACUUCAUCAAACAGGAACAGGUAAAGAAGCCAUUGUUUGGUUUGGCUUUGUUUUUGAUCGCGACUUUUCAACCAACUACUGAUGGUCCACUCCCCAUCAGGUGAUGUUGUUAUAUUUGUAUAAUUCAGAAUAAGGAUGGUGUUUGGUGAAAUGUGCAUCCACCUUCAGGGCUGUGCUCUAGCAGAGCCCAGUGGCCCCUGGCGCCUAACUUUUGCCCUCGGGCUACUAGAAAAUCUCAGAUUUUUCAUACAAAUCAUAUGCUGGGCACCCUAGAUUUUACAGUUUCAGAGCACUGGGCUCCCUUAUAUUUUCCUUAGAGCACAGCCUCGACCUUUAUCCUUCAGCUAAACAGGGCUGGGGGUGCCUAUAUCUGAAGGUGGGAUCUUAUCUGGGCAAUCACAGCGCCAUAUUUCUUGAAUAAUAGCUGUCCCUCAAUCAAAGGAUAGGAUAAGGAUAGGAUAAGGAUAGGAUAAGUGCUCUAUUAUCAACAGAGCGCCUACAGACACAUGUGUUUACAACGAUAACAAAGAUUUUAGUGCAAAUGCCUCCGUCAAACAUUGUACCCCCCCCCCCACCCCUCUUGCCAUCUCCUCUUUUUUUAUCCCCUCCCAGUCAAGUUGAAGUGUAGAUAAUGAUCCAGCAAAACUGAUCAGUGACGAUUCAAGCUCUGAAGAUUAAUCAAGGAACCAUAUUUAUUUCGGAACACUUAAAAAGCCCAUAAUAUGUUCAGUUUAUUUGAUGUGAUAAUUUUUUGAUUUAAUGAGAUAAUAAAACAAAAUAUUUUGGGAACAACUUCCAGUGAGCAAUAUUUGAAAUAAUCGUCUCCCUUGAAUAAUCGCCCCCUUUUGGUGUGAAAAAAAUAAUAAUAAUAAUCCCUGGUUAUCAUUCGAGGAAAUACAGACAGGUAUAAACUUAGUUUUGGUUUUCUGUAUUACAGUUUACUCAAUAUUUGAACUGAGCUGGCUGAGUUAAUUUUUGAUGAACUUCGAGGAGUUUGAUAAUUAAAUUGUUGGUUGAAUUUUUUUAUAUAUUACUUCUAAAACAAAAUGAGUUUAGAAGGAGAAAUUAAGGAUGCGAAAAUAAGCAGUUUUUCAUAUAAUUUCCGAACACUCUUUUUGUUUGCACUAAUCAUUACUUGAUGUCGAAUGAAGAACUCAUUGAAAGCAGGCCAGUAUUUUUAAUAUUUUAAGCAAUCAUGAUUUUCUUUCUAACCUUGGUUAAUAUUCGAACUAUUUUGAGCUUGUGUCAUGACAACCAAAAUAAUCUUUAGUGAAUUAUUUCUGACAGUUUAUUCUAAUCAAUUUGAACUUCAAACUGCACGGCAUCAUGAUGACACUGAAAGGUCUGCAUAGUUAAUUAUACCAGGCCUGUCAUAAAUUGGAGGGCAGAGAAAUUUGAACAACCAGGGGGUCCUAGUUUGGUUCUAUUUUUGUUUUGUUUUUCUGGUUGGGGUUUAUGCUUAUAGUGACCAAGGGAAAUUUCCUGUCUGAUCCAGCUUUUUGUGACAAUCCUGUGUACAAAUAUUAAUUUUGUCAUAACUAUCAGGGUUUUCCUUAAGAAUUCUUGUAGCAGGAGAAAGAUGUAAUAUGUUACUGGAGAAUAUUUUGAAAGCAGCUCCACAGCUGAAUAAAAAACCGUCCUAGGCUACCGAACAUUAGCCAGAGAAUUCCGUGUAAAAAAACAAAAAUGGAGAAUUCUAAUAAAUAAAUAAAUAAAUAAUAAAUAAUAGGCUUUAUUUAAAGAGGGUAAAACACUUAACAGUAGUCCUAAGACACUGAUGACUCUGUGGCCCGCAAUACAAAUUAAAAAUAUAGAUUCUACAACUAAAAACUAUAAAAUAUACCAUUUUCAAAGAUAAUUUAGGAUAAAAUAUAAUAGAUAAUUUCUAAAAAGACAUUAUGACUAAGAUAGAUAAAUGCAACAUAUAAUGUAUCUGUGAUCUCCUAUGCCUAAUGACCCCCCUAAACUAUUCUACAAUAUUUUGCAGGUCUUUAAUGAUCUUGGGCAGGGAGUAUUAGAUUCAGCAUUUGAAGGAUAUAAUGCCUGUUUAUUUGCUUAUGGCCAGACAAGUGCUGGGAAAACAUACACAAUGAUGGGAACCAGUGUAAGUACAAACUCUUUCCUUCAUACUUUGAUGCCUGUUGGACAAAACACUGAUGCCCAGUCCAUGGAUUGGCUCAAUGUACUAUACCCAUAAAGACAAAUAUACCUUUUGAAUAGACUUGAAUGGAAGGUACAUGUACAUUAAGUUACUAGCAGCGAAUUUAGUCAAAAGGUAGUCUAUAUGGGUAGUCGAUCGGAACUGGGGGUCAGUAUUUUGUCUUUCGCCUAUUCUGACUGUCAUUUGAGUACCAACUGCUUAGUUGUUAGAAAUUUCAAGUGUUCCAUGGCAGUUUAACUUUGUAACAUUUCUAAUUCUGCCUUGAUCAUCAGUUAGAUCUCCAUUUCAAUUAGCGUGCACAGCAAGCUUCAAAGAACGCCAAGCGAGCGGUCCACUCCUUGUACACACUUGUACAUCCUUUCGCGUGCAGCUCUGGCAUGACUUCUCACAGCUCCCCCAAAAGGAGAGUUUGCUUGCAGGCUUGUCUAAUUUCCCUUCCCCGCCACAUAUGUCAGUAUUUAAUGACACACUUUAUUCACUUUCAGGAGGAGAUUGGACUUAUUCCAAGAAUAUGUAAGGUACUGUCAUGAUCACUUCAUUUUUGUUUUUUAACUGCAGCUAAUAAAAAUCCCAAGUCUUUUAGAAGCAAAAUUAUUUCAGCAGACUUACCAUUGUCAUGUUAUCCAGUCCAGCCUUCUCAACAUAGCAAUUUGUACGUCUUUUUUAUUUUCAGGGGUUGUUCCGGUACAUUGAUCAGAACACAUCACUGAACUCUUCAUUCAGGACUGAAGUCAGGUAAUUUAGAUUACUUUAAAUCCUCUGUUAAGUGCCCCCUCUCAAAUAAACCCCCUCCCUCUAAUAACCCCCCCCCCUUUUCAGGGGAAGAAAGUUAAAAAGCCCCCCCCCCUCCGCUCUCCUAAUUAUUCUUCACUAAUAAAUGAUAGACUGUAUUAAUCAAUCACUACUGUAUAACUUUGUGUGGACUGAUUAGGGAUGGUUUACUUUACCAACUGGAAGUUUGGAUUUGAUUCUGAUCCUCAGCUGCAUGACCUAAAACUUCUAAUUCUUGUACUUGAGCUUUUCCACUUUGUAUUCUAGUUCUUUAUGGAGAACUGAUACCAUCGUCGUUUGUAAAUUAAAUAAGCUCCACGUCUCUAUUGAGCCCCCCCUCCCAUCCCCCUCAAAUGGGUUUGAAAUAAAUGAGCCCCUCGGUGGGCUUAAUAUUGACAGUAGGCAAGUUUGAUUUUUGAUCCUGUCACCUGAAUGUGUAAAUAGUUUUUAGUACAGAGAAAAAAUUAAAUACCUAAGCAUCAUGAGAAAGUACAUUUACUGUUCAGGUUUCAUAUGAGAAAGUUUCAAAUUUUUAUGGUGAUGGUACAUGGAACAAUUUGCAAUAGCAGUUUUUAGGGCAAAAACAUUGUUGUGGCAUUGUUUUGAAUGGUUGCAACAUUUUUCCGACAUUGUUGUGCCAUAAAUUGCCAUUGCAAAUUGUACUGUAUAACAUAACUUUUAAAAAUCAUUUCACCAUAAUUUCAACAUAGACUCAAAAGUUCUCAAGAGCUUCCUGUAGAAAUUAUCUCCAUGUCCAUCAGUUUGGCUUUAUUUAGCCAGUUCAUGACAUAUAUGAUAUUACUUGUCUGCUCUACCUGUUUUUUUUUUUUUUUCAUUUAAUAAUCAAAAGACAUAUGAGAAGUCGAUCUCUUGAGCUCUACUGAAUUACUAGCUUUUCACCUAAGAAAAUGUCUACCUUCUUUAUCAAAUAAGCAUUAGAUUCAUAGACCCAAAAACCAAAGCUACAUAGGAAUUGAAACUGUAAAGAAAUUUAGGCAAGACAAGAAAAAUUGGGUAAAUUUUUGUUCUACUCUAUCUAGCUACUUGGAAAUUUACAAUGAGCAUGUGCGUGACCUGUUGAGGCCACAGAAACUUAAGAAGCUUCCUCAGCAAAACUUAAAAGUUCGUGAACAUCCAAAAGAGGGUCCAUAUGUCGAAGGUAGGUAACAAUAUUUAAAAGUUAUGCAUUUGAAAUCCGCAUGUGGUAAAGGCAGUUUUGUUUUCUGGUGGAAAAUCCAUUUUCUUAGGUUGUGUUUAAAAUGUGUGGUUUUUUAUUGUUGCAGGAUUAACAAAGCAGCAUGUGUCUGAUUUAGACUCAAUUGAAGUUCUUAUUGAACAGGGAAACAAGCUCAGGUUUGUACGGCCAUGGUGCUUGCCGAUAUUUCUUGUCUAAGUGCAUAAGUUAAGUUCUUUCACAUUUUUAACAAGCUUUCAGCUCACCUAGAAGCCACAUGGAUAAAUAAAUAGAUGAUUAUUCAAUGUUCCAUUGUUAAAUACCAGCCAGGUAGUUAGACCUAGUGACUGUUCCUAAGCUACUUAGGGAGAAGAAAUUAACCCUUUAAGUCCCAAUAGUGACCAACAGCAAUUUUCUCCUAACGAUAUCCAUACUUUAUCAAGAGAUGAGGUUAUGAGAAUUAAUAAAAUGAUCACCUAAAAGAAAAUACUUUGAUCUUUUAUCAAAUUCUCUUAACUAAUUCUUAAAGGAAAUGUAUAGAGAUCAGUUUGGAGAAUUUGUAUGUGGAUAUUGGGGCUUAAAGGGUUAAUGCUUUGUAAUAUAUACACAGGGAAAAAACAAGCAAUUACAUAUAAGCAAAGAGACAAAUGAAAAUGUUCACACAAUGCAUCUUGUUUGAGUCUCAAAUAUAUGGGAUAUGUUUGAAUUUAACUAUGAUGUUUUCUGUUUUCAGAGCAACUGCCUCAACGAGGAUGAAUAACGCAAGCAGUCGUUCCCAUGCCAUUUUUACAAUAAAAUUCACACAGGUAAGAAUUGCCUUUAAUGAAACUUACAGAAUAUUUAAGAUGUAAAUUAAAGCUGAAUUGCCUGGGGGGUGGGGUAGUUUAGGAAUUUUGGGGUGGAAAUGUGCUGCUGGGACCCUGGAACCCUUUGCCUAUUCCAGAACUAUUUCAGCUGAAUUUCGCUACCCAAUACUAGACUAAACUACCCAAAUCCCCCCACCCACCCCAUCCUACAGUAGCCUAUAGGCUAAGUUGUGUAAAUUUGAUUUUUUUUAUAUUUUUGACUGGCAAUUCCUGGUUUCCCUUGUCUAGACUAAAAUCUUCAACUAAUUGAUCAGUUUCCCUGAAAAUGAUACCCUAUUCUAGACCCACGCAAACUCUCUGAUUUAUAUACGCUAUGAACUGAACUGCAGUAUAACCUUAGCCUGUUUACAGGCAUUCAGUUGGUGGAGAGUGAUGCGAACUGGAGAGUGUUCGAUAAAAAAGAAGGAAUUGAAAGAAUGCUACCCCCAUUCCCUGUGCUGUGUUUUCUUUUUUUGAAUUCCUGGUUCAGUCUUGUAUAACCUCCAUCAAGGUGACAGUAAAACAAAUCAAGAUGAAAAGUUUUUGAAUAAGAAGUGGCACGCACUUAUUUUUCCACCAUGUAUAACUCCAAGGUAGUCCAAGGAAACGGUAGAAGGAGUUUUUAUGGGUGAUGUAUUGAGGGCAUUUUAAUUUUAAUUAGUCAAGUUUUCUGUUAUACAACUUGUUUAUACUAAAUCAUGGUAUUUUUAGGCCAAGUUGAUAGGAGACAUGCCAAGUGAAACCAUCAGCAAGAUCCAUCUGGUUGAUUUGGCCGGCAGGUUGGUAUAUUACACUGCAUUUAAUCCAGUCGCAUGUAGAAUAUGCAGAGAAAUAGUGGUUUAGUCCUGUUUCUAAAAUUUAGUUUUUAUGCAGUAAACUCACUUGGUAGAUGGAUAGGGGUUUCAUAGUCCCAGUGGUAAUUGGAGGAGAAGAUGCUGCAAUGUACUGCAAUUCCGCGUAGUCUGUAUUGCUCGUCUGAGACACACAUGGUGCCCCAACUUGAGUGACUUGGGCCUCCAGAUAGCCACGACAGCGUGCCAACUAGGUCCAGGUGGUACAAGGUCAUGUGACCACCACGGCGUUGAUGGACAAGUGUAGGGUGGUAGUGUUUGCAGUUGAGAAUAGUAGCAACUCUAGUCGCUUGUAUACUACGGUAGCUGGGGAAUCCUAGUGUUUUUUUUUUUUUUUUUUGCUUUUCUGUGACAUAUAUUUUCUUUUUCGUAGCGAGCGCGCAAGCGCAAGUGGGGCCGUCGGUGACAGGUUGAAGGAAGGCGCCAACAUCAACAAGUCUCUUGUUACUUUAGGAAUUGUCAUAUCCACUCUUGGUGAAUACAAAAUUUCCUUUUUUAUUACGCCUCUAAAUCUUAUUUAAGCUUUUCAUACAGUUACUACAAAAGCGAUUUUAUCCGGCGUGUAAGCUCUCAUCUUCAUUUAGGGGAUAUCUAGCAUGGGAGCAUGCCCUCUCCCUAUUAUCUGUUUAUACCUCUUGCCGAAGGAGACCAAAAAACGCCUGAUCGCAGUUUAGGGGAUGUCGUGAGAAGCCACGCGCGAGCGCGAGUUCUCGAGAGCUAGGGGCAAGAUUAGAAAGGAGCUCCUCGCGGCUUAGUCUCCCUCGCAGCCGUUUUUUGGACGUCACGCAACGCUCCCCCAAAAGAGGGGGGAGACUACUCGCGGCUUCACCGCUUGCUCGAGCGUUCUCCCGCAGCUCGCUUCCCUCGCCACUCGGAACGGAAAAUUUUUUCGUAGGCUACGUGUUGGCACAAGAUGACCUCCCUCUCGCGUCCGUUUUUGUUCUCGAGCGUCCUUUUUGUUGCCCCUUCAAACGUCUGUCACACAGGAUAUACAUGUAGUAUUUAUUUUUCUUUUAGCUGAGAACUCCAUUAAUUCUUCCACGAUAUCCAAGCGCCCAUCUUUUCGGAAAAAGCUAUUCGUGCCAUACAGGGACUCCGUGUUGACAUUUCUACUCAAGGACAGCCUCGGAGGGAACUCAAAAACCGUCAUGAUUGCAGGUCAGCAUAUUGGAAUAAGUUCCUUUUGAUAAGCGAUGACUGAAGAAAAGUGCGCAACCUCGCUUUUGUCUUAACAGUCCUGUCCAUUUUGUUUGUUACAGUCAACUCCUCUUAUAGCGGACACUUUCGGGACCUCGAGUUAGUGUCCUCAUUAGCAAGACUCCGUAAUAGGGGGAGUUUAUUUCAGUCAAAUGUCUGUAAUUUAUUUUGGCCAAGGAUGUAGCUGCUGUCCGCAUUAUCGGGGUGUCCGUAAGGCGAUAGUUGACUGUGUUGCAAAUACAGUCAACUCUGGCCUUGCGGACACCCCGAUAUAACAGACAGCUCGAUAAUACGGACAUCAGCUACAUCCCAGGCAAAAAUAAAUUACAGACGUUUGACUGAAAUAAACUCUCGCUAUUACGGACUCUCGCUAACGUGGACAUUAACUCGAGGUCCUAAAGUGUCCGCUAUGAUGAGAGUUGACUGUAACUCUCCGGCUUACUCGCUACGGAACUGAACGUUUUAGUUUCGCGAAGAAACUACUUGUAAAGACGAAAUCACAGGUUUCCAAAUUUCCAGUUUCCAAAUCGUAAAAAUUUUAGUGUUCUAAACAGCAGGGACGAGCUCUCAAAAAACUGGUAGGUUAUCAAGUUUUGGGGAGCGCCAUUUGCAAUCAAUUUUUGUCUUCAAUUUUGUCCACCCUUGCCCUGUUUUGAAUUUGCUGUUUAAUUCAAAGCUCUCUCCAAUGUUUUAACUGGUUAUUUUUAUGGUUUUGCUCAAUUUGGCAGGCAGUUCCGACAUUCUGAAUUUGGCUUAAUUUCGUGACACAGCUCCAAUAAUAUUUUUCUCCCUUUUUCUCAGCGAUUUCUCCAGCUGAAUGCAACUAUGGAGAAACGCUCAGCACACUGCGAUAUGCUCACCGAGCGAAGAGUAUUAUUAACACACCAACAAUCAAUGAGGUAAAGUCAAGGAACAAAUUAGUAAUUGUAAUAGGACUGAGUGGAGUACAAUUAUUCAGGGAGUCAUUACUCGCCCGAUUACCCCUGAAUUGUACGACACGACUAAGUCCUAUUACCAACUAAUUGUGUCAAUAAAACAAUACGAGAAUCUCAGUCUUGACAUAUUUAUUAAUGUACCUAAAUAAAAGUCACUGGACCAGUUAAUUUCAUCCAUUUUUCUUUUCAGUUGAACCUGAACAGCUUACCUGGUCACUAUUUAUUCAUUGAUUUUGAUUGGUUAUCAUGUGCUAUGACGUUAAAUUUCAUUGGCCAGUGGCAUUUGUUACUUGAUUUUCAUUGGUUCUUUAACUGUCCGAUUUGGCCUGUCCAAUUACAAGCUCCUGGACAGUUUUGGAGUUACAAUAGCAAAAUUAAGCUAUAAAUAUGGGCUGUUAAGAACCAAUCAAAAUCAAGCAUUUUGUUAUCGACACAAUUAAACAACAAAUUAUCGGGUAAAAAUUCGUGCCUUUAGGUGUUCCGUUCACACGGAAACCCUGCGAUGGACUAGCAUCCCAUCCAGGGGGGAGUAGCAAUACUGCCCCACAUGUGUCAUGCUAAGGAAACCGGGAUAAGCUCCGGCCUCUUAUUUCACACGAAACCACCUUAACCGUACGAAAAUUUAGGCGCCUGGCCGUUCAAAAAUUUGAAAGCCAAAAUCAAGGUCAAAUUUUUAGCCGAUACGGUCGGAAGUUAGACAGGCCUGGUGUGAAGACCAUAAACGUCUACAUUUUUGUACGGCAUGAAACGGAAACGCCAUUUUGGAUUACUUAAGUAGUGCUCUGCGCGUGGACAGAUGGUAAAACCACUGAAAAAAGUUAAACCUCAACCUGGAUCGUCGGUUUCUAAUAAACAGAGCGAAAAUAUUGACCAGCUCCGUGUGAUUGAACUGUGUCCGAACAAAUUUUUCAGCCGGUCGAAAAUUCGUCCGGUGCCUCGGUGUUCGCUUAACGUAGCCUUGAUCGAGAUUUUUUUUUUUUUCUGUUUUGCAGGAUCAAAAUGUGAAGUUGAUUCGAGAUCUCAGGCUUGAAAUUGAGCGUCUUAAAGGAAUCAUAAGGACCUCAGAGAAAACAGGAGAUCAGGUAGGUUGGUUUGAAACCGGUUGGUGGUAUAAAUUGCCUUUAGUGUAACAAUCGUUAAUUUUUUGCCUCAAGAAAACCGCGGUUACUGACACCGCGAAAGCUGCGAAAAAGCUUAGUGAAAACCAAGCCCGCGUGGAACAGCUGACAAUGGAAUGGACUGAGAAAUGGAAGGAGGCGCAAUCCAUCAUGCAGGUGGGUGGGGUUGUGACCGAAAGGAAGGUCCGGGGUAGGGUGGGGAGGACAUUUCUUCUUAAGGCUGUUUUUCACUUUCUUGAGAGUUGGCGUCCUCAGUAAUCAGAAGCGUAGAGAGUUAUGAUCUAGUCAAAGUCAGCGUUCUGAUUCCCAUUAUAAUCCGGAGCGAGCAACUUCCAUGCGCUCUUGUCGCGGCGUUUUUCACGGACCAGUUUAUUUUUAGAACGGUUUUGGCAAAAUUUUGAAUAUCUUUUAAAUUCCACAUGCCAGUCAGCAAAACUUACAGACCUAAAAAUAAUAAUAUUUUUUGCCUUUCAAUAACGUUUAAUUUAACUUUUUGAUGUCUUAUACCGCCAAAGCGCUCAUAGACAUGGUGGAGAUUCUAUUUUUGCGGAAAAAGGUGCCCUAAAAUGUAUCUAAAAAUAAACUGGUUCGUAAAAACGCCGUCACAUAGGCCUAGUAUGGGUGUUGCUUACUCCGGGUUAUUGGCUCCUGUCCGUCGCUUAUGAUUUAGUGAAAAUUACGUUGUUGGCGUCGCAAGCAGAAGCGGAAGGACUAAACCAAUUACAAAGCGUAGGUACGAACAUUGUGAUUGGUUUAUCUUUCCGCUUCUGCUUCCGACUCCGACAAUCUGGUUUUCACUAGAUCGAGGUACCCCCAUAUAAAUCCUUGUAUUUCCAACGUUAGCCAACACAGGACAGUGCCGAUGGUCGUAUUUCGAGGCAGGGCCACCUGUGUUAAAACCUACGGAUUUCAUUAAGGGGCACAAAGUACAAGCGAGGGAUCAAGAGAACCGGAAAGAGGCAGUUCUUCCUCUGCUCGUUCGCUCCUUCCUGUUUGGCAGUAACAGCUUGUUUUCACCUCUAACUGAAAAGGGACGGCCAGCAGUCUAAUGAAAUAUUUGGUUUGUUUUGCAGGAGAGCGAAUUGCAGCUCCGUCGGCAUGGCUCCCGUGCUGUUCUUGUUGAUCUUGAGCUUCCGCACUUGGUUCGCUUAGAAGAAGAUCCACUGAGAACUGAAAUAAUGCUUUAUCGUAUCAUGGUAAGUAAUUCGUCUUUGUUUUUGGUAAGAACAAAACAACACCAAGAAAUAAAAACGCUUAGCCGCGUUGGUAGAUAGCCUGCGAAAACAGCCGUCUGUCCUGGUGAAACGUCCCUAGCGGCCAGGAGAGACCAGUGCCGGAUCCAGACCUCGAGAUAAAGUGGGGGCGGUCUCCAAAAUUUUUUUUCGGUCCUUGGGGCCUCAGUUUGGUCUAAAAAUUAGUGGGGGGCGGGGCCCCUAGGCUCCUCUCCUGGAUCCGCCACUGGAGAUGGCUGUUUUCGCAGGCUAGUUGGUAGAGUGCUGGACUGUUGAGCGGGAUCUCGUUGGUCCGAUCCCCGGGGCAGGACUAACAGUCAUGGGUCUCAAAAUAACUCAGAAAUAAGAUCAAUAUACUGCCUUUACUCAGUGGUUCGUGACCACGUGGAAAUGGCUUUGUCGUUCUAGUACUUUGUGCCAAAUACAUUGACACGCGAUUUUGUUCCGUUUCGGAUAAAUUGCGAACUACAAAGCAAGAUGAUUGAAGCCUAUUCAUACUUUAGGUAAACUUGAUUUCUGCCUACACUCUUAACUGACAACCCUUCAAGACGUAAAUUACCCUAAAACGAGCACCUGCCGUUUUUCAACAAAAUAUCAUUUGUGUCUUUUAUUGCCCACAGCCUGGUAAAACGCAUAUCGGACUAGAAAACGCUCCAAACCCUCAAGACAUUGGUAAGUCUGCUCGAACAUGCAGAGAUUGAUUCUUUUCUUUUCAAAAGACCUCCUUAAAACUCACACCUACAGUUGGACCCUGCUGUUCUUUAGGCCGUCUUUUAAAAAAAAUACGUACAAAUACAACAUAACAAGGCUGAAACACCCAAAUGGCAGGAGCCAACCAGUUGGCUAUUUACAAGCGUGGCUGAGGAUUUAAACUCGGGAUUACCGAGAAAAAAUCCAGCAUGUGGCCAGAGCGGGAUUCGAACCCGGAACCGCCGGAUUGCGAGUCCGAAGCGCUGACCACUCGGCCACGCUACCUCAUCCUAAGAACUGCUCCUCUCUGUAAGGCGGCACCUAUCAAAGGCGGGCCGCACUAAGUGUUACCCUCACCGAUGUUCUUUUAAGAGAGAGAGAGAAUUUAAUUUUAUUUCUCUUCUUUUAACGCUGUUAUACGUUUAAUACACGUAGAGAGUUAAAGUGGGCGCCAGGUCAACUGGAGAUGUAAUUAAAACAUUCUGUAGUCAAAGUGUCGGCUUUUCAGUGAUCGAGAGAGACAAGAACGUCACGUGAGUAAUGUUUUAUCGUAUUGUAUUUACAGUUCUUGAGGGCGAAGAGGUCGAAAAGGAACACUGCUUUUUGGAAUUUACUAAAGGAAAAGGAGUCUCUCUCUUGCCGAUUUCUCCACGGUGUUGGGUAAACGGAGUGGCCAUAUCUCAGUCCACCAAACUCAAUCAAGGUACACUGCUUCUUUAGAUGUACUGCUAAAGACUUGCACAAGACCAAAAACAAUGUUAGAGCGGUUUUCAUUUGAGUGUCGAAAAGUAAUUGGUUUUGCACUUUCUACACGAUGCGAUUGGCUUAAAAGAUUCGCGCCACCUUUUCAUCCAAUCAGAAGUAAAACCAAAGCCAAUUGUGACACUUUGCGUCAGCCACAUGUAAUUACUUCGAGUUUUGAUUGGUUCAAUGUAUUGUCUGUGUCCUAUGUGAUUGGCCAGAGUAAUUACUUUGGUUUUGGUUUUACGACACUCAAACGAAAACCACUCUAUCACAGGUCAGCAAUCAGGACCUUGGGGUCCUUAAUGGCUCUUGCCCACCUUUACUUUCACAUUGCCGAUCAGGGCGUCGGAUUUUAGCCACAAGACUAGAAUAACAAGACACAACCACAUGCUAACCAUGGGAAAACUUGCAAGCAGUACUAUGGAUCGGAUUCCUUUUUUAAUUCAUAGUGCUUUAUUGUCACACAGAUUCAGAUUCAUACAAGCGGCGCCAAGAUCAAGAAAAUAUAUCGCCCAGCUCGUACUGAUUAGAGCACGUUGCACUUGCGACGACGAACCCAGACUUACACGUAAUGAAACGUGUUCAAAGUGUGGACUUGGCCUAAUGAGAUUUGCUUUUUCUUGUUCGUAGGUGAUGUUAUCGUCCUUGGCAAGAGUGAUGUUUUCAAGUUCAACUAUCCAACCGAGGCGGCAAAACUCAGAGAGAAGAGACGAUCAGGAUUGUUCGGCAUGGUACGUUUUGUUGUUGAAAUGUCUUUGUUCGCAUAGAGGUAAAAUCUACAAAUCGACACUGUUGAUAGUCUUUAUGUCUUAAAAAUAAAGAGAGAAAUAAUCAAACACACUCGAAACCUUUGGUUACGUUCCUUUUCUUUCCAGGAAUCCACAGAGUCGUUGACUAAUUUGCAUAUCUCCCCGGUCCGAGGCAGCCAUGGGGACCUGAGUAUGAGAUCUGAUUCCUCGUCUCCCAUGACGUUCGACUCUGGGUAAGCCUGCACUAUGCACACAUUCUCUUCUUUUUUCUUUAAGUGACUUUUUUUUUUUAAAGUUCCUUGAUGUUUUUUGUUAUCCUUUUUGUUAACUUUCGCAGGGUUGAAGUGGAUGUUCCAGUUUCUGGCGAAACUUUGGAGGAAGUCAUGUAAGUGCAAGGCGUUUCUGGAAACGUUUAAAUGCAACGCGUAGAUCGUCAUCUUUUGAUGUGUUUAAUAAUCCUUUCCAUUAAAUAGUUUACUUUCUGAUUCUUUCCGCAGGCAUCAAGUGUCGGAUUUGAUCGCUAAGCACAAAGAAGCUGAAGUAAGACGACUAGAGAUCGAAAAAGCUUUCCAGACAGAAAUUGACAGUAAACAAAACGAAAUCGACGCACAGAAAGAUUACAUACAAAAUUUACGCGAGGGGCACGAGACUAAGUCACAAGAAGCAAGGCAGGAACUUGAGCUAGUUCGCUUAAACAUGGACAAGAAACACGAGGAUGCUAAAAGCGAAAUUGAGCAACAGCUGGAAGAAUUGUUUGAGAUGAAAUAUAGACAUGAAAAAAAUGUACAAGAAUCUGCCGAGGAAAUUGCGAAGGAGAGAGAGGAGGUUGCGAGGUUUAUGGAGGGAGAGUGGCAGAAGGUCAUACAAUAUGAGACGAAACUUGCGGAGAUUGAGCUUCAGAGACGUAAGGCUUUGGUCGAAGCAGAGAUUGAACGGGAGAGGCAGGGAGAGCAGCAUACUUUUGUGCGAGACAGAGACUUGAAAGAAAUUGAAGAUGAACAGGUUAGGUUGUUAGAAAUGCGAGAAAAUCUUGAAACAGCAAAGGUGCAAGCGGAAAAGCGGUUAAACGAGGAUAAAUCAACGCUCGAGCACACGAUUAAGAAAGAUCUGAGUGAACUGGAAGAGGUUGAAAAGAAAAUUAAGUUGCUAGAGGAAAAGCACGAUCAAUACUUGGAAUAUUUCAGCUCUAUGGAACAUUCCCCAGGUGGCGCAGAGGAUGAGCAAAGCUUGGGAGAGGCCGAUACAAUGACAAAUUUAGAUUUCAGCGAGAAGCGGAGGCGCAUCUCAGAUGUAGGUCCACCAAGGGGUCAACCAGUUGCAUUUGAUCUGCGAACUUCCCGACCAUUUAGCUGGAAUUUCACUGAAUCCAGCCAAUAUUCUUCUGAUUCGGAAGGAGUUGAAGAGGUUCUUGCGCAACAGCUACAUAGCUUGACGACAUUUAAAAUGGAAAAAGAAGAAAUGAUUGAGAAAACGCGAGGUGCUUUAGCAGAGCAGAUAACGAACGUGGAAUUUUACGGCCAACAAAUCUUGGAAAAUGAAGAGAAAAUUACGCAGCUGGAAGAACGCUUUAAAGCAACGCGGCAGCAGCACGCUGAGAAAAUUCGUUUGUGUUUGGCAAACUUAAAAAAUAAGGAGGAAGACGAAAUAAGCGUCAUAGACCAAGAACGCGAAAAAUACAGGGAGCUUUUAAUGAAGGAAUACGGCGAGAUUGAGAAUUUAAUUGUGGAGACGUUUGAGACAGAGAAUUCUGGUGCCGAUUCAGGCGUUUUGUCAGAAGACGAAGAAAUAAACUUCUCAGGCGAGAGGGAGAGGAAAAAGGGGGAAGUUCUUGGAUUGGUGAAAAGCAGGUUGACUACUAUAGGUUCAGAAAACGAUGAUUUAUUCCUUGAGUAUGUUGCUAAACGUGCCCAUUUUGAGAAAGAUGAAGAACGAGUCCAUGAACAACAAAGACGCAUCUCAGACCACAUGUUAGAUGGAGCUAAAGAAAAAGAAAUUGCAAUUCUUAAACUUUCAGGGCAGAAGGAGAGAUUUCAUGUGGAAAGAGCGAGGGAGCGAAGGUUAAUAAAUGCCAGAAUAAAGCGGCUUUCUCGUGUGAAGUCGUCUGGUGAUCUUCAUAGCGAAGAAAUGUUGGAGUUUUUCAAGGAGGAGGCAAGAAAACUCCGAGAGGCGUUUGAGAAAGUCGAUGACAGUGAGAGCAGGUAAGAUUUCUUGUGAUGUUUAAAACAUUUUAUCGUCUUUUAGCCAACAUACAGACGUCUCCGUUUGCGUCAGUUAGACUACUGCUCGUAGAAAUAGGUAGAGCAGAGUUCUUCUGUAGUCGAAUUCCAAUGAAGAAAUGUGCAAAUUUAAAGAGAGAAAUGACAAUUCGUCGUCGUUUGUUUACGUUCUCGAUGAAAAGUGAACUGAUUAGGCUUUUUCACGUCUUAUUCGUGCAGUGGCGGCAAAGAAAUGUGCUAAACAAGUCUGCUACACGUGUAAAUUUGUUGGUGCUGGAUUGCUUUCUUGACCUUUUCGUUGCCUUCGCCGUCGUGAUAUCGGAAACCGGUCGUUUCGAAACAAAGAUUUCGAUCACUUCAAGUUAAGUUUGCAAUUGAACAAGAAAAGCAUUUUGGGUGAAUAUAUUUCGCUCUUUAAGCCAAGUACGUAAAACUAUUUACACCUCGAAGGAAUUAACCUGCAUCGAAACGACCGUUAACCGUGAUAGUAUCUGCCAUAUCCGCUUAAAUUCCCUAAUCUCACUUCAUUCACUUCAGCCUUCGGUUGGUUUUCUGGGAGUCCUUGACUUUGAUUGUACAGUCAUGUCACCUUUCCAGUAUAACUUGGUGGUGGUUUUAUAAAUUUUCCCAGGCUUCUAUAUGAGCGGCGGGAAAGAGAAAACAUCAAUCUACAGCUGGAGGAAGCGCGCGCUAAGCUUCGGACCAGCGAGGAAGACAGAGAGGAUUGCCUGGACAAACUUAAGGAUCUAGAAAAUCAAAAACUUCAGAAGGAGAAGGAAAUCCUUGAAUUGAAAGAGAAAAUGGAAGAAGAAAAACAGAGAUAUGUUGAAAACCUCAAGUAAGAUUCUAUUUUUGUUGAAGUAAGUAGACACGUUAGUCUGAUUUUCAACAGUCUUAGGUCUCUCGUUUAAACUCCCUGUUCUCUCAUUAUUAUGGCUCACCGCUUGCGAGCGAUAUCAUUGGCUUAAAAUAAACAGUUUGUAUGAUGGCUUCAGGAACAAGAUCUCGAAUUAAGUCAUCAGAUGAGAGACAGGAAGAAAUUUAAGUAACUGACCUCGGCCAUCUUCGGAGACCCAGGGGCAGAUAGUGGGGGCGAGGGAAAGUCUAAACGGGCGGAAAAAUAUGGCACGAAGAAAAGUAAAGAACGGCAAGAAGAGUCCCUGGGGACAAUGUCUUACCAGACCAGUUCCAAACUGUCGCCGCCGUUCUGCCUUCUGGUUGGGCAGAAAAACACAAAAGUUUUCUGGCACCAAUCAGAAGUCAGAACGGCGGCGACCGUUUGGAACUGGUCUGGUAAGACAUUGUCCCCAGGGGCUCUUCUCGUCGUUCUUUACUUUUCUCGGUGCCAUAUUUUUCCGCCCGUUUAGACUUUCCCUCGCUCCCACUAUCUGCCCCUGGGUCUCCGAGGAUGGACCUCGGCAAGUUCGAAAGAUUUUGUAUUGUCUUUCUAACGUUUUCGUGUUUUGUUUUCUUUCCAGGAUAGGAGAUUACGAGGUUAUUGAGAAACCUCUUGGUAAGUUACAUUUUUGCAAACUUUGAAACUUAGUGACUAAAAGGAGGCCUUUAUUCUCAGACUUUGUCGUGUCCUGUUUGUUUGCAGUCAAUCGGCUUCACAUAAAGUUCCGUGUCCUUGGAAACCACGCCGCCGCAGAGGUUCUUAAAGAGGCACUACUUGUUUCCAGUCUCCCCGAGAUGAUCAGGUCGAUUCCAGUCUCCUCUCCUCAUCCAGUGUCCGAGGAUUCGUCUCACGGUGGCUGGAUGUAAGGAUCAUUUGUUUGUUCCGUUUGUUUUGUUGUGUUGUUUGUUUGUUUCAGAGCGUUGAGAGUUUUUUUAUUGCUUAGUAUCUACUGUUGGUAAUGGUCAUUAUUAGAUUCUCAGACGGGGACGAUUAUUAGAUCGAGAUUUUUUCAGUGCGAAGUAUUGCUGUCACGUGAACCAGCGUCAUUUUGGCGGGCAAACGCGUUAGUCGCCGUCAUUCUACGACGGGUUUUAGCGAAAAUGUCGUAGUGACGGAAACAAGUUUUCAAUUUGCUAUCAUUUUGCGACUGGGGCAGGGCUUAACCUCCUUUAAUAAAAGUAAACUAUUCUGUUAACUAUUCUGGUGAACAAAAAUAGUAAAAUAAAGCUUUCCGGGGUGUAUAUUCUUUGAGAGUACGCGAAAAAAUCUUGAAGUCAAAUCUCGUUCUCGAAUCUAAAGGUCUCUAAUUCCUGUAUCCCCAGAAACAAACAUCAGUCAGAGUAGCUGUAUCUAAAGUAAACUGUCAGAACUGCACAGACAGUCAAUAAACCAUUAACCAGUCAGUUCGCAGGGGAGAAGCAGUUAUAUGUAGUUGUCGCGAGGCGCGGGAAAACGCCGGUGAACAAGUCGACUAGUUUGGGUUUUAUUCCUGAUUGGUCAGUCAGAGUAAGAAAAGAAAUUCACUCGUGCGAGAGAGACAAGACAGGUUUAACUUCUGAUUGGUUGAUUGAGAAAGCGCGAGAUUUUUCCGCAGCCAAUCACAAAGCGUAGCUGUAAAUUUAACCUGCCUUGCAGCCGGACUUGUCAAUCAAGACCUAAAUAGAGAACUCGAUAAAGUUUACUGUAUAUUUACACCGUCCUUUUUGUAAUCAUUGCUAUGUUGCACUCGUAGGUUUCAUAGCAUUCAGAGGGAUGUUACAAUAGCGAGGAAACGACAAGAAGGACCUGCUGGUUUUCUGCACUGGUAAGAUAAGCGAAUUAAAACGCACUACAAAAAAAUAAAUAACAUCGUUAGUAAGGAAAGAGAAACGAGAGGAAUUAUUCCAGGCCGAAUUUUACUGCACCGAUUAAAGUCCCUCUUAAGUACACUUUGGUAAAAAAAAAAAAGAAAAAGAAAAAUUCACAAUUUCCCCAAAAAUUCGCGUGGGGACAAGGUUGUUGUGUUGCGAACUCCAUCAGUGGUAGUCAGACAUCUUGUUCUCAAGUAGACACGAGCUGUCCAGUUUAUUCCCAUAUUUUUCGUAAAACGAUCCCGUAUUAAACCGCUGCCUGGUUAUCUCAGUUGGUAGAGCGCCGUUCUACUGAGCGGGAGGUCGCGGGUUCGAACCCCCGCCGAACCAACACCCAGGGUCUUUAAAUAACUGAGAAGAAAAAGCUGCCUUUGUAAUGACAUCUGCAAACGGUUAGACUUUCUAGUCUUCUCGGAUAAGGACGAAACACCGCAGGUUCCGUCUCACAGCACUUACACUUAUCUGGUUCUUGUGGGACAUAAAAGAACCCACACCACUGUUCGAUAAGAGUAGGGGACGUAGACCCCGGUGAUGUGGCCAAUUUUCACACAUCAGUCACAUCAUGGGUUGGGUGGAUACAGUAAGCUCAUAAAUGGACUGAGAGCGGCUGCCAGUGGCGCCUUUGUAUGCUGAUGUCCAAGCUUACUGUUCACAUGUUAAUGUACAUUGUAAGAGGGCACUUCUGUUGUCCUCUCAUCCAUGACUCCUUCCUUCCUUCCUAUUAAUACGACACUUAAAGCGGUUAAAACAGGUUUCACUGAAUAAAGCUACUCUUUAUCUUCUGUUAGUUUCAUGGGUCGAGGAAUCGUUGAAGCAUCACCACUGACUGUAUGGGAGGCUGUCAAGAACCCACUAUCCAGAUAUAUUUAUGACAAUAUGCUCAAGGUACUGUCGUUUAUCUAUUUUCACAAGCGGAUGGGACGUAAUGCUAAGACUUCCAUGUCGUCGUCAGAACUCAAGGCGCGAGAAGCCAGGGUACGAGCAUUUAGCAGAAAGAAACGCGAUUGUUGGUGUUUGGGUGAAAUACGUCAUAGAACGUCCGCGAUCUUCCGGCCCCAGAGCCGGUCGUUUCGUUAAGUCCUAUUGCCGCUUUGGAGAAAAGCAUGUUUAGAAAUGCCACGGGGUAUAUUGCGAGCGCUCAACUCGACAAAAGGGAAACUUAUGUUACUUUUUAUACCAUUCUAUAUCAUUGACCACCGCAAAGUUAUGACCGAACUGCAAAGAAUUUACAGCUAAUCAAAUCAAUGACUUUUCGGUCUUUUUGUAUAGACGUGCGGCAUUAAAGUAGGUGAGAAAACGUUAAUUGAAAUUGAGCUUACCUGUUACAGUUUGUCCCAACCGACUUUGUUCUUUCAAACACCAUUAAAGAUGCUUUUACUCUAUAUUUGAGAUAAUUAUACCCUGUGUUUGUUUUCCAUUUUCCUGCAGAAAAUAAAUAUUGUAGAGCAUGUCGAAGAAGGACUUAAAAUUGGUAAGUGACUGGUUAUCGACAGGAAUCCUCAUUUAGUUAAUCAGCCCUUAACUGAUUGUUUUCCCACCAGUGUCUGUCGUUCCGCUUCCCGUUCCAAUGUCAUCCCUUUCCUUCCAGUCCAUUAUAAGGAUAUACCCCCCGAGACAUAGCUCAUUUCGCCCCAUCUAAGGUAAUUAACAAUUAUUCUUCGAGCCCGAAUGGGCUCUGAGUCAACAGCCCAGAAGGACGAAGGCCAAAUGGGCUAUCGACUCAGGGGUCAUGAGGGCGAGGGGAAUAAUUGUUUUAGUAAAAUCCAACUAGUUUGUCAAAAAUAUCGAGACAAAACAACUUAAGCUAGCAAAACGCGAUUCAGCCGCCAUUAUUUUGGUUUUCAAAGCCGGCGCUUUUCGCUACUAGUGGGCUAUAAUAUAUAGUCCAGUAGUAGCUCAACCAAUCAGAACGCAGCAUUGAUGAUAGACCUCUAGUUUGAUUUUACUAAUCUAAGAUAGUCUUGGAACCUGGAUUCCAGGCACUGGACUCCGGAUUCCUUAAGCUGAAUUCUGGAUUCUAAGCUCAGGAUUCCGUAUUCCACAAGCAAAAAUUUCCCGGAUUCCUGAAUCCGGAUUACCUUUUAUGGGCAACUUAUUAUGUUUCUUUCUAUUUUAGUGUACAUGCUUCACGAGACAUCGCAGUGCUUCAUGACUCACUCACGUGAUUUUUGUUACGUAAGCAAAGAACGUAUUGAGGUGAGUAAAUGUGGUAUUUGCCCACCUACCCCUCCCCCUAACCCUGAUUUUGCGUGAGUGAGUGAGUGAGUGAGAAGUUAGUUUUAAGAAACGGUCCAGAUAAGAACGAGGGCAACAACGGCAACGAACAUGUUGGAAUGCAAAAAAGGUGCUAACUUUUCUAUUGUCUGUACUUACUUCUGAUUGGCUUAAACAGCAAAAGUUAACAAAACUUCAUAAAGCAGUACAUAUAUUCAUCCUUACUUUCCAACCAUCUUCCAUAUAACAAAAUCUGGUCUCAGUUUGAAUUAAAAAGAAAUCCUAUGUGGGGAACAUGUAAAAUUGUAAACUUUUCGUGGCUAUUGUUUUCAACUCUUGUGAUUGGUCAAAAUCUUUUAACACAAAAAAACAAUCUUUCAAAGUGGAGUGUAAAUGCAUUUUAUUGCGUAAACGGCCUUCGUGUAGGUUUAUGCGUUCUCUGUGUAAAAAUUAGAACAUGUGGGGAAAGCACCGUUGCCGCAUAACAAAAGAAAUUGCUAUCCACCUAACCGGGAUCAUUACUUAACAUUGGUUUAGGGGAGGGGUAGGUGAGUAAUUUCCUCCGAACCUUUUACUUAUCCGGUAUCUGUUUACGAUUUCGCGGAUUGCAAUCCUUGUUUAACACGAACGUUUCUUUUUCAUUUAAGCUUCUGUUCAUAAAAAAGCUUUAAGUUGUCCUAACUCACUGUGUUUUCUCCGCUAUUCUAGGGCGAAAAGUAUGUCCUUGCAUCUCAGUCAAUCGAACAUCCCAAAUGUCCACUGUCGCCUUCAAUUAUUCGUGGCCAGGUUAGUAAGUCCAAGACCAAAGGGGUUGUAGGCACGUGGUACAUGAUUGAUAUGUACACUGAGUCGAACCUCCAUGUGCGACUACCUCUCAUAAGCGACCACCUCCCAUAAACGACCACCUUCCAUACGCCUUACAAUUGGAACCUCUAGUAAACGGCCACCUCCUGUAAGCAACGGCGACCACCUUUUGGGCCUGACGGUUAAUGAUUUUUUAUUGUUUUUAACCUCUUGUAAGCGACUACUUGACGCAUUCUCUGAUCUCUAUGUUUGCUUUGUGCACUAUGCUGCUUAGAAUAUACGAAGAACUUUAGUGACAACAUGGAACUACACAUGUCGUAACUUAGACAUUGCAUGCAAUAAAUUAUCUUCCAUAAAGCAGAUGUGCCUGGACCUCUUCUCGGAAGAGGUAUCUCGUGGUUCGAUUCCUGUAAACGACCAUCUCCCGUAAGCGACCACUCAGUCGUUGCAUUUUGGGUGGUCGCUUACAGGAUGGACGGUAUGUUCGACUGUAUUUUCUUCUCUAAUUCGUCACUUUAGAAACGAUAAGGAAUCUAGGCCGUGUGAUCUCUCGCAAUGACUUCUGGGACUAUUAGUGAUCCCGGAAACAAUUGCGGGACGCAUUUCGGCUCUAGUUCCUUUCUCGUUUCUAAAGUGGCGAAUUUCGUCUGUUCGAGUCUGUGGUACCAAUUUUACUUCCUUUGUCUUGGAAUAAGGCAAUGUAUGUAAAGGGUUCGAGAAGGAAAAUAAGUCAAAAAGGAUAAAAUUGAACCAAAACACAGUCACGUAACAUUUUCUCGUCAUCUAAGUUUUCUCUCUCGUUUUCCCAUAGAUUAUUUCCAGUGGAUGGAUUGUCGAGCCGAUACAAGUUGAUGGCAAAGAUUGUUCUCUUGUGUGGUACAUCACCAAGGUAAUUAUAUAUGUGCAUUGAAUAAAAGGUUAAGACAAAGUCAGAAUUCGACGACAUUCGCCACUUGCACAUCUGCCACAAUGCACCUUGUUUGUCCCCGAGAAUUUUGUAUAGCCUUUGUUUUGUAAGUCUUGGUUUUGUUUUCUCGUAGGUACAUCUAGGCUCAUCAUCUCUUCCGUGGAGGUUAAUCGAUCUGCUAUCCAAAAGACAGCCCCUCAGUAUUGCUUAUCUACGGAGUUAUCUCACACCACCUUAAGUAAAGGGAGGUUUAUUCGUGUGCUGUCAAAACGAACAGUCACUUGCGCACCUACGUACAAAACUACAUGAGUUUUAUUUUAAAGGAACUUCACCUGUUUUUCAGCUAUUCAUUGUCCCGUGCAAAGAAGUAGUCUACACGGAAACGCUCAAUCGCUUUCGUAAUUCAAGGGACGAAUGGUUUAACAUUUCCUUUUUGACAUGAACGUCAGUCAGUGCAUUCUGAUUGACUGGAACAUGUAAAUAUGUUUGAGGUGGCUGUACACAGUUUUGGCAGUUUGUGAGUAUAUGUCAUUUGCCAAAUCGUGGCAAGAGAAAGGUUGCAGCUCACAAGCUGAAACUUGGCGAGUGAAAAAUACACUGUUGAAAGAUUUUGAUUGACAGGUAAAAUUUGACGUUUUUGUAGUUUUCAUGGCAACACGAACGAUUGAAUACAACCUUAAAAUUUCACUUUUGCUCAGUUUACGUAAAACUUUUCCCAUAAACUUGCACACAGCUUACUAUAAUUAAUCAUUACCAUUUGAAACUCAUUUGACCAAAUUUUGACAGACGGGUUUUUAGAUAAUCAAUAAUACAAUUGUGCUGAAAUUAUUAAAUCUGUCACGAAAUUCGUCUGUUCAACUUCCAUUUUAAAGUUCUCAUUAUUUAAAAUAAAAAUUCUGCCAAAUAUCACAAAAUUCUAAUGAGCAGGUUUUGGGAAAUCGUCUUCUGUGUACCAUUGCUUUUUUCGCCAUAUUUAUUGGUUUAAUUUAAAACACGCGCCGUCACGCGAGUUACGGCAGACCGCCCGCAAAUCUGUGUUCAGCCACCUUAAGCAAGUCAUCGAACAUCUGACAAACGAAUGCCAACUGGAAAUCGCUUCGUAGAAUAUAAUUUUUUUAGAGUUAAGUUGCUUUAUUAUAGGAAGGAAAGAGAAUUCGUCCAUUCACUCUUAAAAGAUAACCGAAAAUAGUUUUUGAACCUCUCAUUAAGGUAUCUAAGCGACUAUUGCAUAAAGUUUUCUUUUACGUUUAUGUUAGCAUGUUAUUUACAUAGGAAAAGAUAUAUUAGGAAUAUAACGCAAUGGUUAAUUUAUAUAACUUAAUAGAUAAUUUAAUUGGGAAUUUUAAAUCAUUUUAGCAAAGUUCGUUCAUAUUUUCCUGGCGCGCACUCAAUGUUUUUAUCGCUAGCGUUGGUCAAAAUGAAUUAAAACGUUUUCGUGUUCAGGGUAUUUGAUGCCCUAAAAAAUUCAGUAUAUAGUUAAAAGUGUAGUGGUGUGAAUUGGUCACUAAAUUUGAAGAAAACCUCGUAUUUGAACUGAAAGUUAAAAAAAAUGUAGAAUAUUUUGCAAAAUUUAAAGAGAUUUAAUUUAAUAGUAAGAAAACAGUGGGUUUAUUAAGAGUUAAUGGUAUGUUUCCUAAGUUGGAAUCGGGUAAAAUACUUAAAUGUUUGUGCAUGGUUUAUACUGAAAGGCGUCUUCUUCGGAUAACAGUUUUAAUAUAAAAAAGAUUUGCUUCUGUGAUCGACUUUAUCAGCUGACUUAUUUGCCGAGUAAGCCAUCAACCUCGUUUGCGCCCGUUUUUGAACCAAAGAAUAUUUAAUCGCUUGCUCAAUUGUCAACUGUAGUAAUAAUUAUUGUUAUCAUAAACCUAUAGACUGGAGGUGAACAAUGGUAGAUAUUCGCGGUGUAAUUGUGUAAUUAAUAUCUAUCCACCCGAAUCUUUAACUUAUCUUCUAACACUGAUUUUAACGCAUAGAUAUGAAAAAUCUUGCGUGAUAUUCCUUCUGGUGUACGAGAAUGUUGCUCGGAGAUAAAUUAACAAAUGCUUCUCACCAGUCAGUCACAGAUCUCAUGAAACAAUAUUUACUUGUGUGAGAUAUAUACUAGCAAAUGAUAGUUUUGAUAAUCCAAAGUCGGUAUAUUUAAUAUCAAACUACCAAGUGUUUUUGGAAUUUUCUAUACUUAAAAUUAGAGCAAACUAGUUUCGUUGGUGAUCAAAAUUUAUACCAUAGUUUUUCGAAAUACAUUUCGCUCUGGAACAUUCUUUGGGAAAAUAAACUUAAAAG